AUGGGUCGGAACUCGAAGGCGGCCAACGUCAUCUCGAAGAGGAUUAUUGCGUCAGAGUCGGACGACCUCGGGAAUGAUUCGCUCGAGGGCUUGCUUACGAUGGGCUGGUAUCUUGUGCGCCACCACCGGACCCACUGCACGGACGGCGUCAUGGUGGACACUCCGGAGGACAUCGACCGCCUGGAGUCGUGGUUCGAAGAGGCCAUUGCACGGGAAGCAUUGGAUGUAGCGGAAAUCAAACGCCUUACUUUGCUCAGCGGCGAAGAGUCUCUUUUGGCUCUAUUGCUUCGGACGUGGGGGACGGGAACAAGAUCUUCUACGGUAUGGCAUCCUCAAGUGCAGCAGCGACCGCAAGGCACGCAAGUACAACGACAAAAUGAGCAGAACCCAGAACAACACGAAGAACAAGGACAACAGUAUCAGCAACAACAGCACCAGCACCGCACCGAGCCCAAAACUUCCGACGAGGCUGCAGCGGAGCUUGCCCGAAGAUCCUUGGUCAAUUCCACACCGAAUGGUGCCAACGGCAUCCAUGGAGAAGCUGACUCAAAACCAACAUCCGGAACCCCAGAGAAACCGUCCAAGACAGCAAGUGAUCGAGACGACCGCGACACAAAUGGACCUGGGGUGUCCCCAUUCACAGCCGAAAACUGCGGAAAGCUAGUCAGAGAGGCACGGAUUUGGCUAGAAUUUGACGAGCAAAUGAUUCCUGGAGUUAUGCCAUCCAUGAGCGCGGCACAGGUAGACACUGCUGUCACGGAUAUCGGUCCGGACAGUGCACCCGAGUAUUUCCGGGCGCUGUUGCUCGGAGGAGGAGGCGUCGGAGGUGGGAGAGGCGGCCUCGAACACGAAGAGACUCUGCGGCUCGUGUUGCUGUUGCUUCAGCUGUCUUCGACGCGCUCCGAAGUCACCUUCGCGCACCCUGACAGUUCGGUCGUUGAGGCCGUGCGGCCCGUGACAUCGGGCUGCGCGAACGAACUCGGCAUCGCCGCUGACGGCCACAUCCAGCUUGACUUUAUGUAUUCCACACUGGCCGACUCGAUCCGCACAAUCGCAUCAGGGAUAAAAAGGUUCGACUACGUGGACAUCGGGGGGCCUCUUUCUUCGAGUGGCGGCAGAAACAGCGAGAACGCCAGGAGCCCCGCUACGGGCGCAGCAGGUGUCACCGUCCUCAACCCUGAACUCCUCACCUUGCUCGGUCGCAGACUCGCACCGGGGGCGCAUCUGAGGGCUUGGGCCUUCGCCAAGAAUCCUUCUACGGAGUUGGCUUUCCGCGUAGCAGCACCGGCACCUCGCGAUAGAAGUAGGAAGGCCGUUGAAAAUCCCACGAGUUUUGUGGAGGGAACCAGCACCAGCAGGGCAGCAGACACGUUAUUGUUGGGCAAGAUCCUGGCGACAACGUUCCAAGUUGGGCGAAACAGAGCACUGGUCGCCCAAUCUGUUGGAGGAGGUUCUGCGUUGCAGGCCCUUACCGAGAUAGAGACCGAUACGGAGGAAGCGUGGGUUCGGCAGGUUUUAGUCGGAGGAGACAGGCUGAGCAUCCCAGACGUCGCCCAAGUUCUCGCAGACGGUGGGUUCGAACUGUCGCCCAUGCCCGUGAUUGAGCGGAGGGAGGUAACUGCUUCAAGUUUUUCGCACCUCAGGGAGAUGGAGGAAGAACUCCUAGAAGAAGGCCUCUCCCGUUGGAAUAUCGCCGACUAUGCUGACUCUCUCAAGCUGACGCCUACCUUAGUGCACCAGGUCUUCGCAGUUUGGCGCGGAGACGGUUCUAGUGUUGCCUCGUCAGAGACCGCGUAGUGCGUCAAAACCAACCAAAACGAGUGAGGAGUUUGUGGUUUCUGUUAGCACCUGU